GCAACAAUAAAAAAAAAUCCAUAAUAAAAAUAUAAAAUUUUUCAUCAAAUAUUCAGAAGGUGUUCAUUUAUCUACACUUUGCUAAUAUAUAUUUUAUUUGGCAUCGAGCAUCAUCUUUCACACACAAACACUCACUUCUUCUUCAGAUCCUCAUGAAUAAAACAAAGGUGCAUCAUUAAUGACACGCAACACAAAACACAAACAAAACAACAAUCGACGAGUGAUUGAGGAUUAAUUUGCCAGCAUAAAACGCAGCAGAAGCAGCAAGAGCAACGUUGUUUAAUCAAUUCUAUGUGCAUGAAUCGCUUAGCGGAAAGAACAACAACAACAUGAAGGGGUAUUCGCCAUCAGAUAAAUUGGUUGUGAGAGACAGUGUCGACUUGAGUGAUAUUAGUGAAGUAGAAGAUGACGUGUUCAUCAGAGAUGGGCGAACGUGCAAAAUGUACGAGGAUACGGGAUUGAAGAGACCUUUGAUGCCGCCGCGCCGCAAAACGAACAAAGGACAAAAAAUCAUCCCGAUCAUGAAGAAACGAACGCGAUGUUGGACCUGCUGCGAACCAUUUUGCUAUGGAUUGGCAGCAAUAACCAUACUAAUUGCUUUAAUUUUUCUAGCAGCCUUGAUACUGACAAUGUUCCCCGUUCCCCUGCAAAAGAUAAAAAUCUGGCUGAGAAAGGAUCUCACCUUCACGAGUAAUUAUUCGUCGUCUUUUAGUAAUCUUUUUCACAUUUCCGGUAGCAGUAACGACCUAGACUUAGUACCAUGUAGCCAAAUUUCCGUCGCGCCAGUUUGGAGUAAAUCCGUUGCGAAACUCAGUAGCGAGACGCCCGUUCGCAAGGCAGAUUUGACGAAUGACGGCAUCGAUGAUGUCAUUAUCGCGUACGGCAUCGAGGAGAUGGCCGAUGGCGAGGAGUUGCCCAAAUGUAAAUUUACAAAAAGUGGUCUAAUCGAUAUCUGUACGGGCGGCGUGCUUGCGCUAAAUGGGCUCACGGGUGCCGUGUUAUGGCAAAAAUGGACUGCACACACGAUAUUUUCGGUUUUCUGUACGAGUGACUUAAAUAAUGACACGAAUGUUGAUUGUGUCGCAUCUGGUCGAGGCGGUUUAAUUAUUGCGAUAGACGGCAAAAAUGGGAGCACAAUAUGGGAGACAGCAGAUGCAUCUGAUUUACAAAUUAUCACGGUUACCAGCAACAACAUAGACUUGUAUACCGUCAACGUGAUACGCGACGUGAAUGAUGAUGGUGUUAAUGAUAUUGUGGCGGCGCACGUUGAGGAUAACGGGAGCACAAGCGGCAGUCAUAUUAAAUUAAUUUCGGGAGCGACAGGUGAAAAGAUACGAAUGAUACCGGCGCCUAAUCGAGAGGAAAUUUUUGUGCCAAUACAAUUACUCACGGACAUGGAUGGCUCGGAAUUUUUACUUGUCUUGACAGGAGGACAAAAUUCGCCCGGCGGAAUAUACAAAAUUCCGCUUUUUGCGCUUGCCAAACCCUUGUCGCAGGUGAAUUUCGGUACGAUUUUCCGAAAUCCAGAUUCGGGAUUCAUGGUGCCUGCGGUAAUUGUUGAUAUCAACGGUGACACAAUUGAUGACAUAAUUGUAUCUGACUUUAACUCUACCGUUUAUGCGUUUGAUGGAAAAUCCUACACGCCGAUUUGGACCUAUUCGUUUCAAGGAUCCGAAUGCUUGAGUUCAAUCGUUCCCGGCCAUUACGAUCACGACAACGUCACAGAUUUCCUCGUCAAAUACAGCACAGGACCCGGCUUCCCGAUCUAUUAUUUCUCCCAAACGACAAUUCUCAGCGGCAUCAACGGCACUCCCAUCGUCGAUGUCGUCAAAGAUUCGGGCGGCGCCAAUAGUCUUCUCGCGGGCUUCAGUAUUUCGCAAAAAUCCGGCGGCGAUAUGUUCCUGCAUUGGGAAAGCAUGUGCGACGGCAUCGACGAAUACAAGGAUACAUAUCAAUUUGUGCCGGAUAGCGAUCUCGUGCAGCAAUCACGUGCGGAUAUCUGUCAGCUGCGCUACAAUGCGACAACAGUCCUCAAGCUGUAUGGAUUAUCGAGACACGUGGAGCCGCCUGGCGUGCAACUUUACUCUACAAAUGAAAAUCCGCUAAAGUUGAAUCAAACGGACAACAAGGACAAGGAACCGAGCAAAGUUGUGCCCAUAAAACAUCCGAAAAUGAAGAAUUUGCGACAAGAACAGAUGCGAAAACAGCAGAAAGCGAACACGAAGGAGACUGAACUCAAUGGAAAUGUUUUGGAUCCGCAGCAGCAGCAAACGAAUCAAGAAGAUGCGAAGCGAACGGAAGUUACGACGAAGAAAAAUGGAGAUUUGGAUGAAAAUUUGGAUAAUAUGGCGAAAGUUCAAAAGGAGAAACCGAGACCUUCGAUGACGGAUCGUAACAAAUUUGCGAUAGAAAUGAACGAAGGAGGGGCAUUUGUUCCCGAACCGUAUCAAUUUGUCCCGACUUUUGAUGAUAAGCUGUUGGAAAGGGAAUAUAAGCUAAAAAUCCCAAACCCCCGUUUGGAUGACUCCAUAAACGAUCAAAUUGGCGACUACGAAUACGGCUUACCUGACGACAGCGAUUUGCCUCCCAUUCCCAAAACGGCUCGUAAUCGUUACGGAAACCGAAAUCGCGGAGUUCGCAGCAAAAACGAAAAAAUCAUGAUACAAGACUCGUCGAUUGUCAAGAAAAACUUGAACGAUCACGUAAAUGGCAACAUUCAACAACCAAAUGGAAAAUUACGUCCUGAAUCGCUGUGGGAUCUCGAAUUGGAAAAGGAAGAAUACGAAGCUUACCGAUUCAAGCGACAAUCGGCAGAAGAAGCUCCAAAGAUGAAAACUUUCGAUAAUUCUGAUGUCUUGCCGGCGAUUGCUUCAACAGGUGUUUUACUCGCAAACUUGAAUGGCAGCAAAGAUUCGAUCGAUUACGUGUUUGUGAUAAAUGUGCGCGAAUCGGAAAAAUAUCCGCCGUUGCUGUUGAAGGAAGAUGUCGCGUGUGUCGAGGAAAAGAUGCAAGGAUUCAGAUCUUAUGCUGAUUCAGAGCUCCGAAGACUCGAACGAAAAUUCUUCAAGCAGUGCCUAAGUAAGAGAAUUCCUUUCCUUCAACCGCCAUAUCAGAGAUUCCAAACAGAAAUCGUCAUCACUCGUAUUCGCAUCACAUGCAAAUGCACGGAAAAUCUCGAUCCAGCGAAAGAAAAAUGUUCUGAACUCAAUCCGGUUGGCAAACAACAAUGGCCUGAAUUCAUGGGACGCAAUUCGAACGGAGCAUACAAAGGUCGCAGAUAAAAUUAAGUUGAAUGGCGUCGCCAUUUUUAGUCGAAAAACACAAAAAAAAAAUAUUUAAAGUGAAUAUACAAUCUGAAAAAAAAUAAUUAAACGUAAAAAAAAUCACAAAUAGUCAAAAAAAAGCUGUGUCUGCAAUACCCCAAAUUCUUUCUCCCAUAAACACACUUUUGUACUUCAACUUUAAUUUUUGACACACAAAGAAAAUUUGUAAAUAUAGAAUAAAAAUUUUCCUAAUUCAGAAGAAAAAUUGUUGGAAAUC